AUGGAAAUUCCUAUUCUAGGUCAACUCUUGUAUAAAAUGGCCAAGCAGAAUUAUCAAUCACUAACUGAAGUGGUAAAACAAGUUGCAGAGCAGCAGCAUUUACAGUCAUCAGAGAUAGAAAAAAACAAAGCAGUUCUUUUCCAAUUACAGGCUAAGUUUCAGGAACUAGAAAAAGAAAUGAAUUCUAUCCUGUUAGAAACAAAAACAACAGAAAGGGAAAUAUAUCUGCAAGACGAUGCCAUAGAAGUGACAAAGUAUCACUGCGAAAACCUUGAGGCCCAAGUCAGAGCCCUCUAUUCUGAAAAUAUGAAGCUGAGGUUUGAUGCAGAAACAAUACACGAAGAGUAUGAGAUGACAUUUGCAAGAAAUAGCGAAUAUCGGGAAAAAAUAAAGGCUCAUAAAAAUCUCUUUUGGGAGAUGGAAAGUAAAAUGCCAGUUAUGAUUGAGCUUGCUAAAAAGAAAGCCAUCGUUACAGAGCUGAGGACAAAGAAAGAGCAGUUAAUGCGUGAUCUCAAGAAUCCAGAAGGCUCUGUUAUAAAACAAGUGCAGGAAGAAAUUACACUUUUAAAAAAGGAGAUCACAUCAGUGAAAGAGUUCAUCAAUAAAAAAACAGAUUUGCUGGAAGAAGAAAAAAAAAUGCAUGCUAAGCUUAGAAAAGAAAUUGAGGUACAGAAUAAAAGAUACGAUGCUAUUCUAAAGCGUUUGCAUUGCCAACUGAACAAACUCCAUUCAAAUAAAAGACAAUGGCAUUGGAACAUUCAGCAGAUGGAGAAAAAGGCAGCAGAACUAAGAAAGUGUCUCAGAGUAGUGGAGUUGUAGAGUAACCAUAACCUAAUGAAGCUACAAUGGUGUACAACAAUGUGGGUAAUACUUUCCAGACAAAUUAGGUUGUUUUUUGUUUGUUUGUUAGUUUUCUUUUCUUGUGGGAAUGCUACAACAGUAAAGUAGCCCAAUAUCUAUCUAUCUAUCUAUCUAUCUAUCUAUCUAUUUAUUAAUUUUUUCUCACUUUAACUAUGUGGCCCAAACUAAGCAGAGCUCAAUCUGUAAUGCUUUGGAAUAACGUUUUUUUCUUCCUGUGGCCAGAGGCUGUUCAGGAGAAGAAUAUCAGUGUUAUCAAUAAUUAUAUGUUAUCAGUAUUUUCAGGUGUUUACAAAGUAUGUGCCAAUUUUAUUUUAAAACUCAUUUAAAGUCAACCAAAUAACAUUUGAGGAGCUCUUUUUUAUUUGAUUAGAUCUCUGAAGAUUGAGAUCUACUUUUCUUUUCCUACAGAAAAAAAUAGUAUCAGCAUAUAUUUGCGUUCUUGGGAUAUCAAGGCUCUGAUGGCCUAUAUUUUGCUGAGCAGGGAACUUAUAUAGAUGAUAUUACAGCCUGUUUGCCCUACGUCUGCCAGAAUGUCCUUGUGUGGGGUACAAGGUGGACAUAGGCUUUCCUGCUAUAAAAGGCUUGGGAACAAGUAUAUUCAGAUGUGGGUUACAAACAGGCUGGUUUCAACUGGACAAACAUAUGUCUCCCAAGUAGUUAAUAAGGAGGAAUGAAUAGGUGAAGAGCUUUUAAAAGCUCCAGACAGCUUUUAAAAUGGAAUUCGCCAUCUAGAGACAGUAAUGCAUUGCAGAUCAUUGAUUUUAGAGGAACUGACAGAGUAGAGGAUCUUAACUAACUAAUACUAGUCAUCUAACACCUAAGUGCUGAAUAUUAGGUGAGAUUAUUCUCAACAUAAAUGACCACAUAUUAAAAGCUCUUGUUAAAAUAGUGAGUAGUGGAUAUUUUUCUUUGCCUUGUUUUUAGUAUGUGCUUGGCAUUUGAGGAAUUUACAGUACUUUGUCUGUUCUUACACUUAUGGUAAUAGUUCUGUCUGGUUGAAACCUGUAACAUUUAUUUGUUCUGUGAGUGUAGUUAGCUUUUAAUUUGAGGUAUUGUCUUACAUAAUUUAAAUUUAUCUUUACAACUGAAUAGAAAAUGAAGAUUUUAGUGAACUGUUUACUAUUAAAACUGUUAAACUGCUUAUAUGUUGUCAGUGUAGGAAAGCAAAUAUUAAAAUGAAAUA